AUGAAUCCGCUCAACCCCAUCUCCCAGCCCCAGGAAGAAAACGACCCGAAACAGCAACAAUCAUACUACAACUGGCUUCGGGAACAAUACAACAUCCAAUACGAGAAAUGGUAUCCCUGGAUCGAAGACCAGUAUCUGAAGUGGUUUGGAAAGGGGGAUAAUAAAGCUUCCUAUAUUACCAAGGACACGCUGGGCAAGUCCAAGGUGACCGGUAUCAAACAGGUUGAUCAGCUACAAGACGAUGUGCAUAAUCUGGUUGGAAAUCAGCUUGGUGAUAAUGGAUUGCUUUCGCCUGUGGGCAAGUUAGUUUCGAAAGAGGGCAUCAAUCGGGCGGAGAGAAAGGGGAAGGAUGAGGAGGGGAAAUAUGGAUUUGGUGGGUUUGGAAUUACAGGGAGAUAA